AAAGAGAAAGAAGCCGGCUUUGUGAAGGCAUAUCUACGCUUGAGACAAAGAGCUUUUAUUUUCUAUGUUCAGAUACAGACAGAUGCUGUGAGACAAAGCAGGAAACAAUCUUUGGAAAAUCAGUUGUUGCAAUCCUGGGACUUCUAUUCUGCCAAGCAAGGACCUGAGUCACAAUCCUUUGAAAAAAGGAUUUUCAAGCAGUGGAUUUCUUUAUUUGGGAAAACAAUCUUUUAUCACUAAGAAGAGAUUUUCUUUUGUACUUUUCCUUUCUUUCUCCCUUUUUGCUACUCAUUGGUCUUCGGUUUGUUAGUUUUGGUGGUCAGACACACUGGUUAUUAUCAAUAUCAAAGUUCCCAGGGCCAUGUAACCAACCUUUCCUUCAGCCCUGGAUUCCUCUCAACUGGUGAACUGAAUCCUCUGCCAGUCAGCCGGACCUGAUUCCUCCCUCACUGAGCCAGUUCUUUGAGCAUCAGAUUUCAGGACUUAGCCGGACUCUGCUGAGGUUUCAGCCAUGUUGCGUUGCGUUCUUCAGCGAGCCAACAACCUGAGACACUCUGACCCCCUGGCUAGUGUCACCUUCAGAGGGUCUAAGAAGAAAACAAAGGUCAUCAAGAACAAUCCUAACCCUGUUUGGAAUGAGGGUUUUGAAUGGGAUCUGAAGGGGAUUCCUCUGGACUCUGGAGCAGAGCUGCAUUGCGUCGUCAAAGACCAUGAGAAGAUGGGAAGAAACAGGUUCCUGGGAGAAUGCCGGCUGGCUCUCAGAGACGUGCUCAACUCUCCCAACCUGGCCGCCACCUUCACCGUCUCCCUGCUGGACACCAAAAGAAACAACACAGGGGCCACGCUGACCCUGCAGAUAUCCUACAUCCCUCCUCCAGGAUCGGCUCCAGUCUUCCAGCAUCCUGCCCAGCCUGAGACUCUGCCCCAUAACAACCCCAGUGUGGAGAUGGACACCGUCACAAUGAUUUCUCUGGACACUUUGGGCGAGGAGGACACAGAGAGCAUGAUCAUGCUGGAGCCGACAGAUGACCAGGGGCCUAACGACGGACGCUCCAUGGUCAUCGAUGGACCUCAGGGGCCCUCGGGCCAGGAGUCCCCCACCGCCCAGACACCUAAACGCUCGCCACCGUCCUACAACACCCAUGGAGGACUCAGGAAGCGGAGGAAAGGGGCCAGCAGUCAGCCCAAAACGCUGGCCAACAAACCACAGGACAUACAGGUUCGUGUGCGGGUGAUUGAGGGCCGUCAGUUGCCGGGUAUCAAUAUCAAGCCUGUUGUCAAGAUAACGGUGGCUGGGCAGACCAAGAGGACCCGCAUUAGAAAAGGCAACAACCCGGUGUUUGAUGAGACGUUCUUCUUGAACUUCUUCGAGACUCCAUCAGACUUGUUCGAUGAACCGAUCUUCAUCACUGUGUGUGACUCUCGCUCACUCAGAACUGAUGCUGUGAUCGGUGAAUUCAAGUUGGAUGUGGGCACCGUCUACAACGAACACAGACACUGCUUCUUGAGGAAAUGGCUGCUGCUGUCUGAUCCCGACGACCUCUCUGCUGGGGUCAAAGGUUACUUGAAGGUCAGCCUGUUGGUUUUGGCAGCUGGAGAUGAGCCACCGGCUGAUAAACGCGAGUGUGUGGAGGAUAAAGAAGAUAUAGAAGGAAACCUGCUGAGACCAGCUGGUCUGUCUCUGAGAGGAGCCACUUUCAGCCUGAGGAUCUUCAGAGCUGAAGACUUACCACAAAUGGAUGAUGCCUUCAUGGAUGGGAUGAGACAGAUUCUUGGGUUUGACAGCAACAGGAAGAACCUGGUAGAUCCUCUGGUGGAGAUCCACUUUGCUGGAAAAACUGUCUGCACUAAGAUUCUGGAGAAAAACGCCAAUCCGCAGUUUAACCAGAGUCUGGCCAUGCCUAUUAGGUUUCCCUCCAUGUGUGAGAAGAUGAGGAUCAGAAUUCUGGACUGGGACAGAGCCAGUCACAAUGACGUCAUCGGCACAACCCACCUCUGUAUGUCUAAGAUCUCCGCCCCCGGUGGAGAGAUAGAUGUUGAUGACAGUCUUGGUUUCCUGCCAACGUUCGGUCCGUGUUUUGUCAACCUGUAUGGCAGCCCCAGAGAGUUCACCGCCUUCAACGAUCCACACGAAGCUCUGAACUUGGGAAAAGGGGAGGGUGUGGCUUACCGAGGUCGAGUUUUACUGGAACUAACUACAAAACUGACGGACAAGCCGGAGCCGAGAACUGAAGACAUACCCUCAGAUAACCUGAUGGUGGUGGAGAAGUUUCUCAGGAAGAGGAAGUUCUCUCUCUUCGUGGCGUUUUACUCGGCCACGCUCCUCCAGGAUGUCGACGAUGCCAUCCAGUUCGAGGUCAGCAUUGGUAACUACGGCAACAAGUUUGACUACACCUGCCUCCCUCUGGCCUCCACCACCCAGUUCAGCAGGGCUGUGUUUGACGGUUGCCACUACUACUACCUCCCCUGGGGAAACGUUAAGCCAGUGGUAGUUCUGUCUUCAGAGUGGGAAGAUAUCAAGCCGAGGAUCGAGGCUCUCAACAUGCUGCUGGCUAUCAUAGAGAGACUGGAGGCGAACCUGCAGCGGGUGCAGCUGGAUGUGAAGGCAGGCAGUGAUCUGGAGGAGGUGGAGCUCCGGGUGGUCGAGCUGUUGGAUCAGGUCAUCACAGACUGCAGUGAAGAGCUGCCCUCUCUCGACCAGUGGCAGUGUGCGACUCCUCUGGAUCGCUCCUUGAAGCACAUUCGUACUCUCCACCUGCAGCAGAUCGUUGCGGCGGCGCUCGCUCUGAAGCACGGACCUGCCACUGAGCUCUCCACAGUGCUAGAGCAGGCUGAGGACUGGGCCAACAGGCUGAGGACCAUGGCUGAGGAGCCACAGAACAGUCUUCCAGACAUAGUGAUAUGGAUGCUGCAGGGCGACCGCAGGGUGGCGUACCACCGCAUCCCCGCACACACUGUGAUCUUCUCCCAGCAGCACUGUGGGAAAUACUGCGGAAAGCUGCAGACUGUCUUCCUCAAGUACCCACAGGGCAGUGGUGCAGAAGCCAAACUUCCUGGUCAGCUGAGGGUCAAAGUCUGGUUUGGAUUGGCUGCUGAUGUCAAACACUUCAACCAAUUCGCUGAAGGAAAACUGUCGGUCUUUGCCGAGACGUAUGAGAACCAGACCCGACUCGCCCUGGUGGGCAGCUGGGGAACUACAGGCUUAACCUCCCCCAAAUUCAGUGACGUAACUGGAAAAGUUAAACUGCCCAAAGAGAGCUUCAAGCCCUCACCUGGGUGGACCUGGGCUGGAGACUGGUACAUCAGCCCCGAGAAGACAAUGCUUUUUGACGUCGACGCUGGUCACAUGACUUUCAUAGAGGAAGUAUUCGAAAACCAGAUGAGGUUACCGGGCGGACAGUGGAUCGGCAUGCCGGAGGGGUACACUGAUGUGAAUGGGGAGAAGGCGGUGCCAAAGGACGAGGUGGAGUGUCCUCCAGGUUGGGUGUGGGAAGAUGUGGAGUGGAGCGAAGAUCUCAACCGGGCUGUUGAUGAUCAAGGCUGGGAGUACGGCAUCCCCAUCCCUCCAGAUCGCCGUCCCAAGUCGUGGGUGCCGUCAGAGAAGAUGUACCACACCAACCGAAGGAGACGAUGGAUACGAAUGAGAAGACGAGACCAGCAGAAGAUGGAUGCUCUCAGAAAGCAACGUCCAGACGAGGCGGAGAGGGAGGGAUGGGAGUAUGCCUCGCUGUUCGGCUGGAGGUACCACUUGAAGCCAAGGAAGACGGACAGCUUCAGGAGGCGCAGGUGGAGAUGCCGCAUGGAGCCGCUGGAGAAGACGGGACCGGCUGCCAUCUUUGCUCUGGAGUGUUCUCUGAGCAGUAUAGAGGACAAGAACGAUGACAAGUCAGUCACAACAACGUUUGGAGUCAACAGACCAACCAUUUCCUGUUUCUUUGACCGUGGCACCCGCUAUCACCUGCGCUGCUACCUGUACCAAGCCAGAGACCUGAUGGCCAUGGACAAAGACAGCUUCUCAGACCCAUACGCCAUUGUGUCGUUCCUCCACCAGUCCCAGAAAACAGUGACGGUGCGUAACACACUCAAUCCCACCUGGGACCAGACGCUCAUCUUCUAUGAGGUGGAGAUUUUUGGUGACCCUGAGGUGACGAUGGCUACUCCGCCUAAUGUUGUGGUGGAGCUUUACGAUUCGGAUACAUAUGGUGCUGACGAGUUCAUGGGCCGCUGUGUGUGCCAGCCUUCCCUGACUUCCUCCCCACGUCUGGCCUGGUUUCCAAUUUGCCUCGGGAACAAGAACGCUGGCGAGCUGCUGGCUGCUUUCCAGCUCAUACGCAGAGAAAAGCCAGCAAUUCACCAUAUUCCAGGUCAAGAGGGAGAAGUCAUGACCUCCACACACGUCCUAGACGAGUUGAUGUUUCCAGGAUUCCUAGCUGAAAACCUGCAGCAAGGGCCGGAGGAGUCGGACCUCCCGUACCCGCCCCCUCAGAGAGAGGCCAACGUCUUCGUGGUUCCUCAGGGAAUCAAACCUGUUCUGCAGAGAACUGCCAUCGAGGUCUUAGCGUGGGGUGUUCGUAACUUGAAAAGUUUCCAGUUGGCCAGUGUUACCUCCCCGAGCCUGCAGGUGGAGUGUGGAGGCACCAUGAUCCAGAGCUGCGUCAUCCGCAGUGUGAAGAAGAAGCCCAACUUUGACGUCAACAAGCUGAUCCUUGAUGUGAGUCUUCCCUGUGAGGAGCUCUACAUGCCGCCGAUUGUCAUCAAAGUCAUCGACAACCGUCAGUUUGGGAGGAAGCCGGUGGUCGGUCAGUGCACCAUCCGGACGCUGGAGGAAUAUCGGUGCGUCCCAGAGGAGGAGCGAUCGAUGGAGGAGGAUGAGGAGGAGUGGAGACGUGAGACGCCCCGGUUAAGUUGUGGGGAGGUGUUUAUUGACAUAGAUGACGAGGAGCCGCUCAUGCCCGACCAGCUUGCAGAUGGAGCCAGCUCAGCUAUCAUUAACCUUUCCACCUCUAGUUCCAGCCUUCAUGGAGAGGAGUUCAUGGACUGGUGGAGUAAGUUCUACGCCUCCACUGGAGAGAAAAACAAGUACGGGACGUACCUGGAGAGAGGCUUCGACACGCUAAAGGUGUAUGACCGGGAGUUAGAGAAGGUCGAGGUCUUCGAGGGUCUCUCUGAUUUCUGUCAGACUUUCAAGCUGUACCGGGGAAAGACUCAGGAUGAAGGAGAAGAUCCUUCAGUGGUGGGAGAGUUCAAGGGUAUGUUUAAGAUCUACCCGCUGCCGGACGACCCCUCCACCCCUGCUCCGCCCAGACAGUUCAGAAAGCUACCUCCCAACGGCCUCGAGGAGUGUUUGGUCCGAGUCUACAUCAUCCAGGCUCAAGGACUGCAGCCCAAAGACGCCAACGGGAAGUGUGACCCCUAUGUGAAAAUCACUUUGGGGAAAAAGAACAUCAGCGACCAUGAAAACUACAUCCCCUGUACACUGGACCCUGUCUUUGGAAAGAUGUUCGAGCUCACCUGUUCCCUCCCGGUGGAGAAGGAUCUUCGGGUGAUGCUGUAUGACCAUGACAUGCUGACCAAAGAUGAGAAGAUCGGAGAGACAGUGAUCGACCUAGAGAAUCGCUUCCUGUCCAAAUAUGGAGCCAUGUGUGGCCUGCCGCAGUCCUACUGUGUAUCGGGAUUAAACCAGUGGCGAGACCAGCUGACACCCAGUCGGCUGCUGCACAGAGUGUGUGAGCGACGAAACCUGCGAAAGCCUGUCUUCCAAGACGACGUAGUCCACUUCAGAGGAGACCAGUACACAGUUGCAGACCUUGAGGACAAAAAUGUUUCCAAACCUUACCUCGGCCCAAUUAAGGAGCGGCUGUCCCUCCACAUCUUGAGGAAACUGGGAUUAGUACCUGAACAUGUGGAGACCAGACCACUGUACAGCCCACUGCAACCUGACAUAGAGCAGGGCCGUCUGAUGAUGUGGGUGGACCUGUUCCCCAAGUCCCUGGGACCACCUGGACCUCCGUUCAACAUCACACCACGCAAGGCUAAGAAGUUUUUCCUGCGUUGCAUCAUCUGGAACACCAGUGACGUCAUCCUGGAUGAUGUCAGUGUCAGCGGGGAGAAAAUGAGUGACAUCUACGUUAAAGGCUGGCUCGACGGACACGAACACAACAAGCAGAAGACCGACGUCCACUACCGCUCUCUGGGCGGAGAGGGAAACUUCAACUACAGAUUCCUGUUUCCCUUCCACUAUUUACCAGCAGAGCAACUCUGUGUCGUCGACAGGAAGGAACAUUUCUGGAGUAUAGAUAAAGCUGAGACUAAACUGCCUCCUAAACUGACCAUCCAGGUCUGGGACAAUGACAAGUUCUCCUUCGACGACUACCUUGGUCACCUGGUGAUGGACCUGAACCACAUGCUGCGUCCGGCCAAGUCUCCAGAAAAAUGUACCCUGCAGCUGCUGGCCCAGCCAGUGGACAAACUGGUGUCUCUGUUCGAACAGAAGACCGUCAAAGGAUGGUGGCCCUGCACCUGCGAGCAGAACGGAGAGAAGAUCAUCGCUGGGAAGGUGGAGAUGUCUCUGGAGAUCGUGACGGAGCAGGAGCACGAGGAGAGGCCAGCAGGCCACGGCAGAGACGAACCCAACAUGAACCCUCACCUGGAGGAGCCUCAGCGCCCAGAGACCUCCUUCCUGUGGUUCUCCUCCCCCUACAAGACCCUAAAGUUCAUCCUGUGGAGGCGGUUCAAGUGGUUCAUCAUCCUCUUCAUCAUCCUUUUCUUCAUCUUCCUCUUCAUUGGCGUCUUCCUCUACUCAUUCCCGAACUAUGCUGCCAUGAAAAUGGUGGGACCUUUUGGACUGGCCAAAUCAGCAGAGUGAUGACGGAAGAGACGAGGGAAGUGGAAAGAGGGGGAAAAAAAGGAGAAGAAAUAAAAUGCAAAAAAGCUGAAACAAUGAAGAACAAUGUGAACAAGUGAAAUGAGACUGAAUUUAAUGGAUUUUCAUGUUAUUCUUCUUUCUUUUCUGUCAUCUUGCUGGAGUUGUUUAGAGUGAGCGAUAACUGCAGUGGUGAACUUCAUGUUCAGUCUUAUCUGUUCCAGAUAAAUUGACACACUUUUGGACAGAUAGACCUGAGGAGCAAAGGUUCACAAACUCCUCACACAUGUGUGCGUCCACUGAUGUAUUUACACCUCACUUUCUCUCCAUUGACCUGAAAUGCUGCCCCAAAAGCAUUUACAAAAAUAAUAUCAGAUCUCAGAUAAGUCACCUAUUUCAUCCCUCUUUUGUUUUCCCUCACGCAGAGAAGAAGAUUAAUUCUUCCUUCUCCUGUUUGCGUCUUCUCCUUUAUCUCAUUAUGUCCUUCCUUGUCUUCUUCCUCAUCUGCCCCUCUUCUUAUCCUCGUUCCCUUCUUUUCAUAUGCGUCUUCUUAACUUCCUUAUCCUUCUUCUUCUUUCUCCUCCUCCGUUUUCCCAUCCUCCCUUCAUCUCUAUCCUCCUCUUCUUCCCUCUGCUCUUUGUGUUCUCAUAUAGUCCCCUCUCCCCCUCCCCCUCCUACUGGCUUUCAGCACUCUCAGAGUUCAGCGGGUUAAGUCAGCGAUUUGAUCUUGUUGAUCUUGGGGUUUGAGCUUUAUUAGUACAAAGUUUUUAGUUUGAUGAAUGUAUGUAGAUAAGCAGCACACACACACUCACACACGUUAUGUGGGUUAGUCUGUCUUUUAACUGUCUGUCUAUUAAUCUGCAUUCUGCUUUUCUGUGUGUUUGAAUAUGCACACAUUUACGUAUGUGUGUGACAUUCCUGACUGUGUGUUAAAGUGGUCCUGAUUGACCACACACACACACAAAGGCAAGUUUAUAUAUAUAUAUAUUUACAUAUUUACAUAUACACACAUCUCUCUCUCUCUCUCUCUCUCUCUCUCUCUUUAUAUAUAUAUAUAUAGACAUACACAGACAGACAGACAGACGUGUGUUGAGGUCCUUAAAUAGCCCCCUGCUGACUUAGAAAGCAAGUAGACACUGAAGGGAAUUGUCAGUUGAACAAAUUCGUAAUUAAAAAGACAUAAAGAGGUGAGGUAAACAUUUACUCCACUCUGUUCUUCUCUUAUUAAUUUCUGCAUCUUGUUCUUCUCAGUGGUUCCUUCUAAAGUCCAAAGAUGUGAGUUUAUUCGUUGGGUGCAAUCACACGUUGGGUUACUUUGCUUUGGUCCAUUCCAGAGUGGAAAAGCUGACUUUGUCCCAUUUGGUUCAUUUUAGGUUCACACCAGCCAAUUACGAGCCAACCAGGCCUUGUAAACAAACGUCACAUGCGGCUCAUUUAUUGGACAGAGUUUUGGCAACCUGUCAUCUUGCCAGGUCAGAGAGGGUUUAACGCCACUAACCUCAGCAUAUGUCACAGUAAUUUACCUUCUAUGGAGUUUGGUGAAAAUCCGUUCACAAAGCAUUAAAAAAUAUCUGAUUUUGAGAAUCAGUCCCCAAUUUUACUUCAGAAUCCAGUUCGUUCUGCGCGGCUUCCUAAGCAUGAGAGACUUGCUCACUUUCAGAUGUCAACAGUUGUCUCCUUGUACCCAUUAAACUCUUUUUCAUUUUGAGUUGUUUCCUGCAGAGUUCAGAUUAUGGUGUUGCUCCUAAGAAACCACUGUGCAUUUUGCUUGGAGGUGGGCCGAGACCCGUCGUGCUGACUUUGUUCAAAUGGCUUCGUUCUCACCUGUGACAAAAACGUAAUAAAAACACUGCAUGCUUCUGGGAAUGAAAACCUGUUGAGGUGCAAUAAAUUCAUAUGCAGUUGACUAAAACCCCUCAGAAGUAGAUGCAUCAUUACUAAGAUGAGUUGAAUCAAGUGCUCCAUGAUUAUUUUUCAGGGAUUUAGAACCACUACGUUGGUCUAGGUUGAGUUAUGUUCAUUUCUAUGCACCAUUGCGCUUCCUUUUUUGAAUGUAAGCAGUUUUUACUGGUGGAAAAAAAAAGUGCAGAUGCACACUGUGAACUUUGCGAUCAGUGCCAACUUGAACCAGUUGUGCUCUUUUUCACUGCUACCUUAAUGUGCCGGAUCUAAAUCGUUUGGAGCAGGUUGUGUCUCUUAAAUUGAGAUCCGCAAAGAAUCAUCAUAGAGAAAGUUAGAAGCAUAUAAAGGUUGUCAAAAGGUUGUUCAAGCACAGCCACAAAGUACAUUGAGAUGAGCUGUAAACAUGUAUUUAUGCUUGUAAAACUAAUAAAAAAAUGGCAACAAUAAAUUAUACUUAAAUGUGGCUGCUGAAGAACAGACGUUCCGCAACAAAGCCGUGACUUUGCCGUAGUGCAACCAGAACGUGACGCAACCGGAUCCUGUGGACAUUGGCCGUUAUAUAUGCCAAAACUUAGACACUGAAAUCUUUUUAACUUAAGUUCUUGUGGGAAUUGUUUGACAGCUUCUGUAAGGACUUAUACAAGCCCUGCUUUUCAUUUAAUAUAAGUAUUAUUACUGUUUGUACUUCAUGUAUUUAGCUGUUUUGGAGAUUUCUGUUUGGCAUCAUGUGGUUCAGGUUAAAUUCUCAAAAACAAGUAUGUGCUUCUUCUCGCUGUUUACACUAAAUGAAAUGAUUUUGUGUUUGGAAGAUUUAAUCUUACCAUAUGCUUUUGUCUAAUUGUUGCUGAAAAUGUGUCUUCAGAUACCAGAAAACAUAAAAGGGUUCUUCAUCUUGGAUGAUACAAAUGAAUGUAAAUAGUUGAUCGUUUGACUUGAAUAUAGUUUGGUCGAGAAAAUUGAGCGGCGCACUUGAGAAAAAGCAAUCAACACUGGGAUUCAUACCAAGCAUCAGAAAGCUGGAGGGACAAACUAAUGCUCCUGGGUUGUCGUUUUCCACAAACUUUUUAUUAUUACGUUGAAGAUAGAGGCAGCAAAAAGGAGGUCUGGCCAAAAAUCUGUUAAAAUUGUAAAAAUAAAUAGUAAACAGGCUAGUCAUAUAGCCCUAAAUGACAUAGCUGUUGUCUUUAGCCAAGAAUAAAUAUAAAAAAAUCUAAAAUAUGUGGUAAUUCUUUUUCAAAUAACAAGAACAAAAUUAAUUCACCAGAUGAGAUACAUUUAUGCUGAUUUAUGUCAGGAUCUUUGCCUGGAUUGAUGCUGGUUUUAUAAACUUGUGUUUUUUAAUUUUAGUGUUGGUAUCUUGGUAUCUUGGUUGGUAUCAUAUGUGAAAGAGCUUUAAACAUCUUGCUGAUGUAAAUCUACAAGCCUCCAAAUGGAAAAAAAACAUUAUUUAGACAAUCCUGUUGUCAGUCGCCAUGUUCAGUGAAAACCUUAAGAUGCCUUCAUUCUGCAAAUUUGUCUUUAAAACAUUGACUCAGUACUGUUGUUGCCUGAUGUUAUCCCUGUCAGUAAUAGUAACGUGCCUUUUAGCCUUUAGCUUUGCUGCCUUGACAUAUAGUAACACUAACUUGUGCCUCAGCAUGAAUUGAAACUAUACAGAGACUAGAAAUACAAAAAAUGCUAAAUAUUUUAAUUAGCUAUUGCUUCCAGUUGCCUUUAUAAAGCUCAAAACACUAACAUUACUGUGGAAGUUAAUAAAUUUAAUUUUACAUCCCACAUUCACCUAAAAGUACUUAACUAAAAUGUGUUACUUUUAAGUUUUACUUUAAAGAGCAAUUUAGCACUGAAUUAAAUGGGGAAUAUUGAAAAUCUGCUACUGCACUGAUCUCUGAUUGUUGAAACGUUUCACUUACAGUCAUGUCCCAGAAACGUCACUGAUAGGGGUGUGUCCAGAAGUGAAACAUGUUUGAAAGUUUUGACUCCCUUUGUCUUGAGUUGAAGUCUCCGGAAAUAUGUAUGCUUCGGCUUUACACACAAGCAUCCUUCUGCUGUUGACAGUAAAAAAAAAAAAAAAAAAAAAACUCCCGAUGCCAUAAAACUGCACGAAACAGUAAGUCUUUCUUUGUGAAAGUGGAAACCAGUUUUAAAUCCAGUAUGGCAGUGUUGAUGAUGUUUUAACGUUUUCUGGGAGACGCAGACUGAAUGUAUCCUAAACAUGAUGUGUAUCUGACUUCAUAUCUACAAUGAGCAAUACUGUGUGCACUGCAUUAUGUGUUAGUAUUAUCAAUAAAACAGCAUUUCUGAUUA